AACUCCCGGUCCAUGGCUUCCCUCAGCGCGAUCGCCAUCGCGCUCGCACUCCUCCUCCCGGUCCUCCUCCUCCGCCGCCACUUCUCCAAAACUACGUCUGCACACGCCUCUGCCGCCCCGCAGUCCCGAGGCGACGACGAGAAGCCAAAGACGAUCAUGCAGCCGCCGCGCGAAGACCUCGCACCGCCGAAGGACGACCCGUACACGCUCGAGCAGCUGAAAGCGUUCGACGGGUCCGACCCGUCCAAGCCCAUCUACGUCUCCAUCAAAGGCACGGUCUUCGACGUGACGCACAAGAAGGACGUGUACGGCCCGGGCAAGUCGUACCACAUCUUCGCGGGCAAGGACGGGAGCAGGGGCCUGGGCAUGUCGAGCCUCAACGCGGAGGACGCGGUCCCGGACUACAGCGCCCUGCCCGAGAACGAGAUGAAGGUCCUCGACGACUGGCACAGCUUCUUCUCGAAGCGGUAUAAUAUUGUCGGGAAGGUUGUGGAUCUGCCAGAGGCUGUGGCGCCCAAGUUGUAGAAUUCUCUCUCUCUCUGUCCUUUGUAUUCGUACCUCGACCGUGCUGUCGCAGCCACCGUUUCCUAAUCCAGCUAUUCCGUCUGACCUAAUGCAGCCUCGGUUUUGUUUCCGCA